UUCCAGGAAAGUGGCUCUCUUUGUCCACUCGAUGCUUCUUUGGACAUACUCUUUCUCCUAACACUAUAUAUAAACCUGACCCGCACAUCUCUCUUCUUCAUCCUCACUACAUUCUCACGUAUCCAACUCCUUCAGAGAAGCAACACUUGAAUUCAUCCCUCGUUUGGCUGAAUAUAACCAAAUGGCAGAGAAGAACCAGAACCAAUACCAACUACCCGAGUCGAAUGCCUAUCGCCGGAGCGAUCAAGAAUCGCUUCAUACCAUGGAGGAUGAGGAGGCCAAACGCAAGAAGAGGAUGAAGUGGACGAUCGGCAUCAUCGCCUUCGUCAUCUUUCAGGUAGUCCAAGCUCUCUUCUUCGUCCUGGUCAUCAUGAAGUUCAAGUCCCCCAAGUUCAGGGUCGCCGAGUUCGACAUCCAAACUUUGGAGUUCAAUCAGUCCUCGCCCUCAUUCAACAUGAGCUUCGUGGCUCCGAUCCGGGUCAAGAACACCAACUGGGGUCCCUUCAAAUACGGUGCUUCUACUGUCGACUUCACCUACGGAGGCUUCCCAGUGGGACAAGCGAUCAUUCCCAAGAGCAAGGCCAACUUCAAGUCCACCAAGAAGAUCAACGUGGACGUCACUCUGAACUCUGCUACUUUGUCUAACAAUUCGAACCUCGGGAGCGAUUUGAGCUCUGGUGUCAUAACCUUAAACAGUCAAGGCGAGCUUAGAGGGAAGAUAACGGUGAUGUUCAUGUUCAAGAAGAAGAAGACCUCGCAGAUGAAUUGCACCAUGGCAAUCAGCACCUCGACAAAGGCGGUACAGUCCUUGUCAUGUAAUUGAGCAUGCCCGGGAGAGGUGGUUCCGCAUCAUAUUAUGGCUUUGUAUUGCUCGGUUUCAUUUGUUGUCGAUGCAUUUUUCGCGGACCGCAUCAACCUCAGUAUUCUAUCUUGUUUGAAUUUGCCUUACCUUUUUGUUCACAUCACAUGUACUGCCCUCAGAUUGAAGCUUCAGCUUGGUGUUCUUAAUUAUGUGUCUCCCC